CAAAUCACGUGAGAUUGUAAGACUUGAACCCGACUUAUAUUUUGUCUGAUAUGGUAUCAUGUUUAAAUGUGUUGUUAUCUUAUCUAAAUGCCUAAACUAUUUAAGAAAACACGCUUUUAUAAUUAUGUCUUCCACUUCAUGCAAUAGUAAGAAAAACAAGCUCGACUUAGCUCUAACCGGUGAAAAGUGGUGGUGGUCCACUUACUGCCAUUCCUGGUUCGGCUCCAACAAUGUAAUUUCAAGAGGGGUCGGUAGUUUGGCACUCGAUCUGGAGAAUUCAUGACGCUCGGGUUGGAGUUUGGUGAACCAACUGGUCUUUCCUCUAGUUGACGUAUCAGGCCAAAGUAUAAUUCUUCUUGGAGAAGGUUGUUUGCCGGGUGUCUGGCGGAGCUAAGAUUUUCAGUUCAUGUAAAACUUCUUUUGCCUGGCUAGGCCCCAAGCCAAUAGUAUUCAUCACAGAACCUGCACACAUAAAGGAGAUUUUUGAAAAGAAUUAUAUGUAUCACAAGCAUAAACAUUCCAAUCCAUUCGCGAAGUUAUUGGUUCAAAGCCUUGUAAGUCUUGAGGAAGACAAAUGGGCCAAACACAGAAAAAUCAUCAAACCUGCUUUCCAUUUUGAGAAACUAAAGCAUAUGCUGCCAGCAUUUUAUUUGAGUUGUAGUGAAAUGCUACGCAAAUGGGAGGAGAUUGUUCCAAAUGAAACAUCAGCCGAGCUCGAUGUAUGGCCACACUUUCAACUAAUGGCGGGCGAAGUCAUUUCUCGAACUGCAUUUGGGAGUAGUUAUGAAGAAGGAAGAAUAGUAUUUGAACUUCAGAAAGAACAAGCUGAGUAUGUAAUGGAAGAAGUUUUUUCGAUUUAUAUACCAGGGUCGAGGUUCUUGCCUAGUAAAAGGAACAAAAGAAUGCUGGAAAUCGAAAAGGAAAUCCAAAAGACAAUUAGGCGUGUCAUUGACAAAAGAUUGAUGGCGAUGAAAGCAGGGGAAACUAGUACGAAUAGUGAAGACUUAUUAGGCAUAUUACUCGAAUCCAAUAUGAACGAAAUUGAACAGCAUGGAUGCAAAGGUUUUGGAAUGACAACAACAGAAAUAAUUGAAGAGUGCAAGUUAUUCUAUUUUGCUGGAAAAGAUACCACUUCAGUGUUGCUCGUAUGGACAGCCAUAUUGCUAAGCCUGCAUCCCAAGUGGCAAGUACGUGCCAGAGAGGAGGUUUUGCAGGUCUUUGGAAAUGAUAAACCAGAUUUUGAAGGACUCAGUCGCCUCAAAAUUGUGACUAUGAUCUUGUACGAGACUUUAAGGCUAUUCCCCUCGGUACCAACAUAUGGUAGAACGAACAAAGAAGAAGUCAAAUUAGGGGAGCUGAGUCUACCAGCUGAAGUGCUACUCGUUAUUCCCUCAAUCUUAGUACAUUACGAUAAGGAAGUUUGGGGUGAAGACGCGAAGGAAUUCAAACCAGAAAGAUUCAGUGAAGGAGUGUCCAAGGCAACAAACGGACAAGUUUCAUUUAUCCCAUUUAGCUGGGGACCCCGUGUUUGCAUUGGACAGAACUUUGCGAUGAUGGAAGCAAAAAUGGCAAUAGCAAUGAUACUACAAAAGUUCUCCUUCGAACUCUCUCCAUCUUAUACGCAUGCUCCAUUUGCAAUAAUUGCUAUUCAUCCACAGUAUGGUGCUCCUCUGCUUAUGCGUAAACUUUAAAACAUUGCAUUAUUCGAGUAGACAGAUUGUCUAGCGGACUUCUAUUAAAAAUAAAACACUGCCGCUUGGUUAAGUAGUCAUCAAAAUUGUUCACCUUUUUCUUCAGUGUGUAUUAGUUCUUCAGUAUUGUGAACAGUUUGCUUAGGAUUUCUAUAGAUGCAACUCAAACUUUCAACUGCAUUAUGAAGCAAAACAGUAAAUCGAUUAAAUUUUGCAUAUUAUACAUUAAUUAAUCUUGCAAGGGAGUAAACUUAACCUGCU